AAAUCUUACUAUAAACUGAAACCUGAGAUUAAUCCAAAACCAAUAACUGUUAAAGCUACGUAAUUACGGAAAGUGUAAGCUUUGGUGCCUUUAGUUUUAGUUAAGCGAGGCAAGCUCUUCGUGAAUUCCUCCAUAACUGACAAAAACAAAGUUCUUCCGAAGAUAAGUUCAAAUCGAAAUCACCUGAUAAGGUUUAUUUUUUUUUUUAAACUUUUGAAAACUUGAGUGGUUUGGAAUUUCUUUGAACUAUAAUAAUAUUCAAUUAAAAUAUAUCUAAUUUAAAUAUACAGCUUUUUAUUGAUAUGCCCUCAAAGAAGAGAAAAAAUAAAAUCAGUAACAGAAAGGCGAAGGAAGAAACUUCAGUUUUAAUAAGAAAUUUAGAUGAAAAAGUCACUGAAGAACUGUUAUAUGAGCUAUUUUUACAGGCUGGACCAUUAGAAGAUGUGAGGAUACCACAGGUAAACGGUGUGUCCAGGAAUUUCGGCUUUGUUAUAUUCACACAUGAAGAAUCUGUUCCAUACGCAAUCGCUCUUUUGGAUCAAAUUACUCUCUAUGGGCGACCUAUUUAUUUAAAAUAUGCAGGUCCUAGCAAUUAUCAAAAAGCUCCCUAUAGAGGCCCUCCUUCAAGAAUGCAUGUUAAAGAUAGACUUGGUCCCCGCCCGUCCGAGAAUAAUGCAAAUCCCAGAGGGGCCGGUCAGCAUCACUCUGAGAAUAAUGCAAGUCUUAGAACGGCCCCUGGUUCAAUCAGUAGGAGGUACAAUGAUUUUUCAAUGCAACCAACGAGGCCUUCAAAAAAUAAAGAUAAAAAUUCAGAGGAUUUCCGUCAACGAAGUGCAUGGACACAACCUAUGCCAGGAUAUUUAAAUGUUUAUCCUAGCCAAAAAGGUGACGAUGGGAAAUGUCAUAAUAUGAAUAAUUAUUCUAAUAAUAAUUUUAAACACAAGGGUAGACAUAGUAGUGGUGAUUCCUCAAAGAAAUCGUACGAAAAGGCUCCCUAUCAGAGGGAUAGUAACAGGUAUGACUACAAACAUUUUCGACGGUCUAAGUAAUUUAUAUUUUGUUGAUUAAUUAUAAAUCUUCCUUUUUUAUUAAUAUUUUUUUAAACUUAAAUAUUGAUGUAGUUUUCAUUUGAAGCUGUUUACAGAGAAAUUACCGUAUGGAUAUAAAAUUUUUAAUUAUAGUUUUAAAGAGCAACAUGUUUUUGUUUUUUUCAGUAAGGAAAGAACAGCAAAGAAUUGGUUAAUUGUUAAGGAAUACCUAUGUUCAAUUUUGUUGCUUUUCUUAUGCGAUAAUUUUGAUUAGCAUUAUAGUUGUGAAAAGAGGAUAAAACCCAGCAAAGAUAUGUGAUUCUGGGGCGCUCUUAUACCAACUAUAAGAGUGUCAACCAUUACGAUUAUUAUCGAGUAUGAUAUCGCAACACAAUUGAACUUAAUAUAUCUUAACCCUAGAUCGAUCUACUACUGUCAUUUCCUUUAUUAAUAAUGCUUGGUUAAAUAUUUUUGUUUGAAUUUAUUCUUUAUUUAAAUCACAUUAUUGGGCACUUUUCAUAACUCGUGUAAUUAAGGCCUAAUUGUUUGUAUGUUAAGUAAAUUUAAAAAUAAAAGUUAUAAGCUUUUAUUGUGGUAACUUUUUCAGAUAUUUCUAUCAAUUUACUUUUAUUUAAAAAAAUAAAAUAAAAUAAUUCCUUUCUUUUGGAUCAUAACUUGUAAGUUUGUUUAAGAUCUCAACUAAGCUCAAUCAUUUUUAUAUAAAAAAGUAAUAAUAAUGAAAGAAAGAUUACAUAUAAGCUAGUAAGUAACACAUAGUAAACAUUUGUUACUUUUGAGAUUUUUUAUGAAAUAUAAAAAGAGACGAUCUCCUUCUAAUAUAAAGAAUUGUACAAAUAAAUUUAUACCUCAUUUAAAGUUUAGAUUUCUUUCUAAUUUGUGGUUUUGUUUUAAUCAAAAAACAAUUAUUUACUCUUGAUUGGGGAAUAAAAAUAUUUAAGCCGAAGAUGACUAUUUUAAUUUUAUAGUUUGUUUUUUUUCUUAACAAAUCAUGACCUGUUUACAGUUGAACCUCUAUUUAUGGAACAAUAGUUGGAUUUGUAGUAAUUUCAAUUUAUAAAAAAAAUGUUUUUUCAUCUUUGGCGUACAUAUAUAUGUUUUAUAACCUAAAAAUGGUUCCAGUUAAAUUUUUAUGGUUUAAGAAUUAAACUUUAACAUUAAAAUACUUAUGUAUAUUAUUGUAGAUUUAUAUAUAAUAUUUAUGACAUGAAACAGAUUAUUUUGUGAUGUUUAUUAUUUUGGAGAAAACUCUCUCUGAGUAUAAUAUAUUUAAUAGUUAAAAUUUGCUAAGUAGUCUUUUUUAAUAACUCAAAGAAGUUAAAAAAAUCUUCAGAAAAUAAUAUAUAAAUCUUGAACUGAAUGACAUUGUUAGUAAUACUUCUGUAUGUUUUAUCAGACAUGAAAAAUGUUUGUUCGAUGGUAGAAAUUUUAAUAGAUGUUCAGAAAGUUUUUGUGAAACUUUAAAAACUUACGGAUCCCAUAAAAAAAAAAAAAAAAUUAUGGAAGUUUGUUAUAUCGAGGUUCAACAGUAGGUAUUUAAAACAUUUUUUUUUUUUUUUGCUUUGUGUUCUACAAUUUUAAUCAAACACAAAAAUAUUUCACUUUAUUUUAUUUUGGAAUGAAAUUUGAAUUAACAAGUACAAAUAUAACUGUAAAUAUAUAUAUAUUUAUGAAUAUAUUGUAUAAACAAACAGUGAAUCAUUUGUUGGUAUAGUUACCCAAUAAAAUAAAAUUACUUUAUUUUACUUUUUUUUUUAUUAUUAUUUAAAAAUUAAUUUUGUAGUACUUUUUUUUACAUCAAUGAAUCAUGAUUAAAUUAUGUCAGUACGUUAAGGUUUACAACAUAUUUUAACUAUCAAUAAAUUUUUAUUUGUUUUUGAUUAUCAUUUCAAUGAUUUGAAAUUUAUUUUAUCAGGUAUGACUAUUUAUUGCGAAAAGUGUAAAUAUGUACAUUGCAGUUCAGAAUUUACAUAAAUAAAUGCAUUGGACGAAAUAUUAUGUUUCUUUGAGCAUUCUUUGUGAGCAUAAGUGUGUAAGGAAAUAAAUGAUUAUAAAAAUGAAUGAACUGUCCCUUUUAUUCUGUAAUUAUAUUAUUAUGAUGGCCAUAUAGUAUACUUAUUUAUGCAUUGUUAUUACAAUUAGAAAUUGCAAUGUUAGGUAAGGGCAAUUAUAUAUUAAUUUAAACUAAUUUAUCAAUUAUUACAGGCACCAGAUUUUUAUGCAUAAAAAAAUCUUGAAAUAUGUAAUUAAAAUAAAUUUUUCUUUAUUGAUUAAUUUUUUUAUUUUAUUUGAUCUAAAAAUAUUCUUACUCUGAGAAAAAGAAAAUGUCGGAUACAAAUUUUUCUCAGUUAUCGAAAAUCAAUAAUUAAGAAAUUUGAUUUUAGUAUUUAAAAUAUGACAACAUUUUUAAGUUCUUAAAAAUCUUUCAUCAACUGAACUGAAGAGAGUAACACAUUUUUGUCUUCUUUAAACAAUUAUAUCCUUUUUUAAAAUGUUUUUUUCUCUUUUUUUCAUUUCUUUUCUUUAUCUCAAAUUUUAAUUUAUAUGAAAAAUGAAAUUUUGUUUCAAAAUACUUUCAUUCACAAAUGUAUGUUAUAUAGGAAUAGAUUUAAUUAAAUUUAAGAGCAACAAUUAGGAAUGCCAUCUGCUUUAAAAAUACUUAUACUUGUUAAAAUUAAAUAUGCAUUUGCAUAUAAAUCUGGUCCCUGUUGAUAAUAGACUGUUUCAUUUUUUCCCCUAUCAGCAUUAUGUUGUCAUAUAUUUAAUUUUUUAUUGAAAAAUAUAUUUUUUUCCUUUAAGCUAAAAUGUGAAAGGAUGUUUAAUAUCACUUAUCUCCCUAUUAAAGGGUUUACAACACUGUUUAAGAAGUCUAUGAUGUUUACCUUCUUAUGAUUAGACUAAAAUGAAUUUGUAAAAAUCACUUUUUCUCUAAUUUUUAAUAAAUUUUUCCUCUCGGUUCAUUUUUGUUUUUAGUUAUAUAGAAAUUCAUUAGUUAUGUAACAAACUGCGUCUGCAUGUGCAAGAUAUAAGAAUUACUAAGCAUUUAAAUUAUAACAAAACAAAUUUAUUUAUACUGUCCCCAUUAUAUUUAUAAGUAAUUUGUAAUAUAAAUUAUAUUUUCAAAUUAUUUUGGUUGUUUGUUUUUCAACUCCCAGAUUUUUUUUUUUCAACUUUUGCAUUAUCAGAAUCAUCUUAUGAUUAAAAAAGUGAAAUUUUAUUUAAAAUGAGGUACCUAAAAUGAAAAUACUUGACUUGAAAGUAGCUCCAGAAUAAUCGUAUCUUAAGAGAAAAUAAUGUAAUAUAAAUAUAAAGAUUUGUUGGUGAAAAUUGAUCUAAAAUUUAUUAAAUAAUAAAUAAAA